AUGUCCAGUAGUUCAUCCACCCAUUCAUCUCACCUCGAAAAUAUAGCAAACGCAGGAAUUAUUGCAACGCUGAGCGUUUUCGGGCUGUUCUCCAAUACUGCUGCAAUAGUUGCGGUCCUUUAUAGCCCCAUACUGCGGAACGCAUUUGGUAGACUUUGUCUGUCGCAUAGUUUUUGCAACUUGGGUGUACUUCUGAUCUCUACUUUUUGGCUGGCUCCUAACACAUUCAGGGAGAGGAAAUUAUCCAUCGAAGUUGUGGACAAGAUUAUGGGUCUAAUUAACACUUUGUUGUGGUAUGUAUGUAUUUAUUCUCACUUUGCAAUCUCGUUGAAUCGUGUAGUUGCUCUUAUUAUGCCACUGCAAGCCGAGCUUCUUAAUCGUAAAAAAUCCAUCUGGUUGGUUCUUGUCGUCUGGCUAAUCGGUUUCUGUCACAUUACGCCGUUCUUCUGGGGUGAAACGUGCUACAUCCACUACGAAACAUCAGUGUGGAUGUGGUUGUUCGCUGAUACCACAUGCGGAAACUUUUUAUCCACGUACAUUGAUAGCUAUACUGGCUUUGUCUUGUUGAGCGCUACUAUAGUACUCGAUAUCAUCAGUGUUAUAAAACUCAAGGGUAUUCAGAAAAGGCCAGUAACAACGACAAAUUCUAUGCAGAGGAAAAGACAUGAAGUAGAAAGGAGAUUCUUAAAGCAGACACUUUGCCAAAACUUAUUGUUUCUUUAUGCCAUCUUGAGUUACUACUACGUCUCAACAAGGCUCACCAACCACUGGGCAUUAUUUUGUUCUACCACGCUUCCGGGGUUGCUUUUACAUGCUUUUGAUGGGUUCAUCAUAGCUGUAUUUCAUUUUCAUUUAUCUUAUCUGAAGUCAACCUUCGAUCUUGCACAGAAGGCAAUAAAAGUUAUCGCUACAAAACCAUGA